AAUAAAUUAAUUGACUUUUGUCUCAAAAAAAUGGAGGAAAUGCACGAAUCAUUACAAAAAAACGAUUUCUUCAAUGAUUUAAGAAAAACAUCUUUACUUGAGUUCAUGAUCGAGUACAUGAUCAACAAGAACGAUCCGCAAAUAACUAAAAAAGAAAUUAUUGAAGAAUGCCGUACUUUUAUGUUGGCCGGCCAGGCAUCAGUCGCCACGUCCACUGCAAUUACUCUCUUUUAUUUGGUAAGGAAUCUAAAAUGGCAAAAAAAAUGUAUUGAGGAAAUAAAUGAGAUUUUUGGUGAGGAUAGAAGAUCACCACUUAAGGAAGAUCUCACCAAGAUGAAAAACUUGGAAAUGUGCAUUAAAGAAUCUUUAAGAUUAUAUCCUACAGUACCUUUGUUUACGAGGACAUUCGGGAAGGAUGUGACCAUUACAUAUACAUAUAAAAGAAACAAUGAAAUUAGGUUUAAAUGCUAUUGCUAAGAAAUUUAUAAAUCAAAAUAAAAUUUAGUAUUUUUCAAAGUGUGUCAGGUUUUUAAAAUUAAUUUUAACAAU